UGUGAGUUCCAGACCAGAAGCAGCUAAAAAAAAGAAAAUUGAAAUCUCUCUCAUUCGCACUUCCUCCGAAUCCCCAAACUCCCAAGAUCCUCCUCGACCUCGGUCUUAUCGAAUCCAAUCAACGCGGCGCAUCUGUUACGCCAGCGGCGAUGAUCCAGCUCCUGUUCGUUGUGCUGGUGGGUGAGGCGGCCGUGGCGACGGCGCUGCUAUUCAAGACGCCGCUGCGGAAGCUCGCCGUGCUGGGCCUUGACCGCCUCAAGCGCGGCCGCCGCGCGCCCGUCGCCGUCAAGACCGUCGCCGGCGUGGUCCUCACCCUCCUCGCCUCCACGCUCUAUAGCAUGGCCGAGAUCAGCGGCCGCGUCGGGGACCCCGAGUCCGGCGGCGGCGCCGCCCUCUCGCCCACCGACCAGGUUCUCUUCUCGCGUCAUCUCCUCGAGGCGUCCCUCAUGGGGUACUCCCUAUUUCUCGCUCUAGUUAUUGACCGCCUCCACCAGUACAUCAGAGAACUACGUGGGUUAAAGAAGAAUGUAGAGGCUGCAUCGAAGCAGAACAAAAUGUUAGAGGAAGCAAAGCAUGGAAGUUCUGAGGAGAAACUAAAAUACCAGGAAGAGAUCACCACUCUGAACGAGGAGAUGAAGAAACUGAAGCUACAAGUUCAAGAAAAGACUGAGGAAGUCCAUAUUGCUGAGGACAAGACGCUUGCAAUUCAAAAACAAUCCGAAAGUUUGCUGCUUGAGUAUGACCGGCUCCUGGAGGACAAUCAGCAUCUCCGGGAGCAGCUGCAGUCAAAUUGAUCUCAGGCACUCCGGUUCUUGAGAGUAGAAUAUUCAAUAGCAUUAUCCUAUCAUGAACUUACUUUCUGUUGCAAGAAAUUAUCUAUUUUGUUUUAGUGGCACUAUUCCCAUAGGAUGUUUAUACCCAAAGAACAUGCUAAUUUAGUCGUGCCUCACUUUUGCCGUCUUUACUGAACAGUAUAUUGCAACCGAUACUGAUUAGGCGAUUACAUGAGUAGUGCUCUAGAAAAUCUUUGUUGUUCUUAUGAUGAAUUAAGGUUCCAUUCGUAUGAUCGAAUAUGAGAACUGAAGUUUAGUA